GUUCUCUUUUUGGCUUCUUUUUUCCUCAACCUUCACCACCCACCACCACCAACCACAACGCCCACCCAUCUCCACUCUUUGACUUGAGACUCAAUUCAGGGAUCUAGAGCGAGACGAGCAAUACAGAAACCUACACAAUGACCUUCCUCAUCCUCGCGGAAACCAGCGCGGGAUACGCUCUGUUCAAGGCAAAGGACAAGAAGCUUCUCAAGAAGGAUGAUUUGGCCAAGGAGAUGAGCACCGCCGAAGGUGCUUCGGGAUUGCUCAAAUUGAAGCAGUUCUCGAAGUUCGACAGCGCUGCCACUGCUCUGGAUGAGGUUUCGGCGCUGGUGGAGUCCAAGGUCUCGCCCAUGCUGUCGUCGAUCCUCGAUGGCCUCAAGGAUGAGAAGAAGGCGUCGUUGGUGGUCAGCGAUCCCAAGUUGGGAAUCGCAAUCAACAAGAUCCCCGGGCUCCAGCUCAACGUCAUCUCCGACUCCAGCACCCAAGAUCUGUACCGUGGAAUCCGCGAGCACCUCACCUCGUUGAUCCCUGGUCUGACACCGACUGACCUGUCCACCAUGUCGCUGGGUCUGUCUCACUCGCUCUCGCGCCACAAGCUCAAGUUCUCUGCCGACAAGGUCGACACCAUGAUCGUGCAGGCGAUCGCCCUUCUCGACGACUUGGACAAGGAACUCAACACCUACGCCAUGCGCGUCAAGGAAUGGUACGGAUGGCACUUUCCUGAGAUGCAGAAGAUCAUCAACGACAACAUGGCGUACGCCCGUGUGAUCAUAACCAUGGGCAUGCGUACAGACUGCGCGACCACCGACCUGUCCGAGAUUCUCCCUGAGGAAAUCGAGACGCAACUCAAGGCCGCGGCUGAGGUCUCGAUGGGAACCGAGAUCACCCCCCAGGAUCUCACCAACAUCCGCGCUCUCGCCGAGCAGGUCAUUUCGUUCGCCGAGUACCGCCAGCAGCUAUCGUCGUACCUGACCGCACGGAUGAACGCCAUCGCGCCCAACCUGACCGUCCUCGUCGGCGAGCUCGUCGGCGCCCGCCUGAUCGCCCACGCCGGCUCGCUCAUCAACCUGUCCAAGGCGCCCGCCUCAACCCUCCAGAUCCUCGGUGCCGAGAAGGCGCUCUUCCGCGCGCUCAAGACCAAGCACGACACGCCCAAGUACGGACUGAUCUACCACGCCUCGCUGGUCGGCCAGUCGACCGGCAAGAACAAGGGCAAGGUCGCGCGCAUGCUCGCCGCCAAGACGGCGCUCGGAGUCCGCUACGACGCUCUCAACGAGGAGAAGCCCGAAGAGGCGUCCGAGGGCCGUCUCGGCCACGAGAUGCGCCGCAAGGUCGAGGGCCGCAUGCGCCACCUCGAGGGUAAGCCCCCGCUGCCCCGCGAGGAGGCCUUCGUCUCUACCGCUGGCAACAAGAAGCUCGAGAUCCGUGGCGGAAGGACGUACAACGCCGAUGCGGACGCGGCUAUGGACGACGCCCCGGUGGCUGCGGCCGCCGUCGAGGACGCACUCAAGAUGGAUGUUGACGCGCCCGAGGAGGAGAGCGACGACGAGGAGGAGAAGGCGAGGAAGGAGCGCAAGAAGGAGAAGAAGAGGAGAAAGGCCGAGGCUGCUGACGGCGACGACGAGAAGAAGGAGAAGAAGGUGAAGAAGCAGAAGAAAGACGGCAAGAAGGACAAGAAGCGGAAAAAGGAGGAGUAGGUUGUCGUUUUUGUAGAUAGUUUACAUCCCCCUCCCCCUCCCUAUAGUAGUUGUUGUUCUGCGCUUGUUUUUUGUUUCUCUACUUUUUCUUUUUGCUCAGGGUUGGUUUUGGCUGGUUUCUGGUGUGAUGGUUAAAAGCAAUGUGAUCAUACCUUCUCACUC